AAAGAGAGAGAGAGAGAGAGGGAGAGUAGAAAAAAAUGACAGCUCAUGAGUGUUUUACCAUAGAUAAAGAGCUUCUUUUUUUACUCGGUUGAAAAAACAUUUACACAAAGGUAAGCGACAUAAGCGCAAGCCAAGACCCAGACGAACGAGAGAGAGAGAGGAGGAGAUGGCUGAGGCAAGAUUACUUGACAUGUCGAGAGUGUUCCAUUCAUCCCAGGGAGGAUACACGCUACCAACAACCUGUACCAGAGAUACGGUCCAAAGGGUUUCAUGGAGAUCAAGAUCCUCGAAAACGACAACCUUUACGUCCGUGCCGACUUGCCCGGUGUUCCCGACGACGGUGUCCGCCACAGAGUCGACUCCGUGAGACAAAAGGUUGUAUUUUUCUCCGGUGAAGAAACUCUCGGCGGCGACGGCGAUAAGGUUGACGACGACGUUCGCGAGUACUCCGGGACAGCCGGUUUAGGGUGUGACUGCUGCGAGAUAACCGGGGUGGAUGCGAAGAUGAAAGAUGGAGUGUUGAGGAUGAUUGUGUCAAGGGUCAAAAUCAAAGACCAUGACAACAAGUGUACGCACUUUCUCCCUACCCAACACAGGUAAAUCUGGAAGUUACAAUACAUAUGAACCUUUGUUUAAGAUGUUUAAAGCGGCUGAGCCCAAUCCAUUUGUGGUGAAAGGUUGUAAGCUUUGAACCAGUAGGAGACGAAGAGGUGAUGGAGGAGGUUUUUGCGUUUCAUUCGACUUGCCAGGUGUUUGUAGUGAUGAUAUAUUGGUGCAUCCUAAUGAGAAUGAAGUCAAGUUCUAUGGUGAGAACAAGGAGGUCUAUGAGCACGAUGAUAGUUGCCGUAUCUUCAUGGGAGCCAUCACCCGUUCUAGCGUUUGUGCUCCUGGAGUUCCCCUUUUGAGCCACGACAUCGCUUGGGAUGCUGAGUUUGGUGUUCUCACGGUCCGUAUCACACCUCCUGGUAGCAGUAACACCAACAGGGAGUAGUAGUUCACACGGUUUCAUCUCUCUACUUCAUUUCACAUGUGUUGUCUUGUUUUAUUUUGGGAGAACUUUUAGUUGGCUACUAAUAAGUCUUUUGUGUUUUAAGUUUGGACAAUUAUGUGUGACUGUGUCUUUGUUUUGGUGUUUGUUAUCGAAUGACUUACUUGGUGUCCA